GUUGUCGGACCCUGGGGAACGCUCCCGUUCGAGCGGGGACCCCCAUCCGACAACACGUACCCAUAGCCCCUUCCGGCCCUCUAUGGGUAUGGGUGUGUGUUGUUGGUUCGUCAAAGGAACAAUUCGCAUUCGGAGUGGGCUCGUUGUCCCGGAGGUCCUUCCACGAUUGUUCCUCCAGCGCACCCGUUGUCGGGGAACAUAUCCAUAUCCGCGGUCUCGCGGGCUGGGUCCUUGGGCGACGACCCAAUGGGUGCGGGGCGUUUGCUCGCGGGUGCCCCGCGCGGAACGUAUCCGUGUGACCGCGUGUCUACGGGAUCGCGCUCCAGAGUCCAGACCGCGAAGCGUGAAUAUGAACAUGUUCGCCGCUCCUGACGCCCCUCGUGCCCCCAAGCGUUUGUGUGGUCAACGACGACGGGUUUCUUUCCUCAUAUCAUGUUCUUCGUGGUAAUUCGCACGGUGCCUGUCUUCCCCCCCAGUUUCUUCAUCAUCUCUGCGGUGCCUGCGGGCAGUCAGCUCUCGAGGUUGUUUCGGGGCGACAGUGCAGAAUAGCCAGGCAUGCAAUCAAGGUAGCUUUUGUUGGUGGUCUUCUCCAGCAGGCCGAUCCCCGCGAAGCACUGGCUGUUCACGCCGGCCAUGAUCGUGACCGCAGGGCUCGUGCCCUUCGGCUGCCUCUUCAUCGAGAUGUAUUUUAUCCUCUCGGCCGUGUGGAGCCACAACAAGAUCUACUAUGUGUACGGCUUCAUGCUCGCCAUCCUGCUGCUGCUGUGCCUGGUGGUGGUGUGCGUGAGCAUCACCUGCACCUACGUGCUGCUUAACGCGGAGGACUACCGGUGGCAGUGGCAGUCCUUCCUGUGCUGCAGCGCGACGUCGGUGUACGUGUUCCUCUACACCAUACACUAUUUCUACAACUCGACGCAGAUGUCAGGGUUCCUGCAGACGGUCUACUACUUCGGGACGUCGUUCAACUUCUGCAUGGGGCUCGGCCUCGCCUGCGGCUCGCUCGGCUUCGCGGGCUCGUCGAAGUUUGUGUGGCUGAUAUACAGCAGCAUCAAGGCGGAGUGACGGAUGGCCCUCGCGCCCACCCCACUCCCUGGGGGGGGGCCUUUUUCCGUGCCCUCGCCGCAGGAGGGUCUCUGGGCCCACGGUCCUCUCCAUUACACCAU